AGCCCCAAAAAAAAGAAAUUUUAUUGAAAAGAAAAAAAUUAUAAUAACAUAAAGCAGUAAAUAAAAUUGUUAUUUGGUAAAAAAAUGUCAGAAAGUUUAUCACCAAGUCCAAGUAGUGAUCCAAUCACUUUAUCCUCAGAUAGGGCACCACAAUCACCACAGUUCACAAUUGGUAAAAUGAAGGUUGAUUUAAAAAGUGAUGAUGAUAAAACAAAAAAGAGACAAGUAAGAUUAUUAAAGAAUAGACAAUCAGCAGCACUAUCAAGACAUAGAAAGAAAGAAUAUAUUGCAAAUUUAGAAUCAAAAGCACAGGAAUUAACUCAUUCUACCCAAGAGUUACAUAUGCAAUAUAAAUAUUUAGAAAGUAGUUUAAUUGCAAUAAUGAAGCAAAAUGAUUUUUUAAGGAAUAAAUAUGAAGAACAUAAAAAUAAUAAUAAUAAUAAUAAUAAUAAUAUAAAUAUAAACAAUAAUAUAAAUAUAAAUAAUAAUAAUAAUAAUAAUAAUAAUAAUAAUAAUAAUAAUCAUAAUCAUAAUAAUAAUAAUAAUAAUAAUAAUAAACCGCCAAUUAUCCCACAUCAACACCAUAAUAGACAUGUACAAUUAGUUUUAAAUAAACCAGAUUCACCAGUUUUGGUUUCAUCAUUACCAUCAUCAUCAUCCAUUUCAUCAUCAGUUUCAAUUUCAUCAUCAUCCGUUUCAUCUUCAUCCUCCUCAUCAUCAUCCACUUCAUCACCAACUACAAUACCAACUACCUUAAUCAGAGAGGCUGAAAAUUUAUCAUCAUCUGAUCCAAAUAAAAAAGAAAGAGAGAGAGAAAUUUUAAUUGGUGUAAAUAAAAUAAAGUUAAAUAAUAAUGGCAAAAGCUUAGAUUGUAAUAUUAGCAGUAUAAUAAAUGAAGAAAAUAUCAAUACUAAUAAAGAGGGUAGUAGUGAAGAAUCUUCAUCAAAUUUUAACCAUCACUUUUCCGGUCUAAGUUUUUCUAACCCAAAUGUAAAUUCCCAACCCAUUUAUUUAACAAGAGCUAGAUCAUCAUCGUAUCAUCCAUCAAAUUUUUCACAAUUUGAAGGAAACAACAAUAUAAAUACUAAUAUCAGCAAUAGUACUUCAAUACCCACCGAGAGUUUAUUAAAUGCCACUGGCGCUGACCCAUCCCCAAAAUUACCAUCCUUGUACCAUUUAACCAACAAUUUAAAUCAUUCACCAUCCUCCAAAGCACCUUUAAAUCCAUUUCCUUCACCACUUUUAAUCAAUAGCAAUAAUAAUAGUGGUGCAAGCAGUAACGAUGGUGGAUCCUCAUCACCCAACUAUAGAAAUUCAAUUAUUGGUCUUUCAAAAUUAAAACAUAAUUUUAAUAGUAAUGGUAACAAUAUAAAUCCAAUUUUGCCAGGAGUCCACACCAAUUUUUCACAUCCAUUAAACCUCAAUAAUAUUUGACAUUAAUCACUAUUUUUAUAUAUAAAAAAACCACCCAUAUGUAUAAAAUUAUAAAAUUAAUCAAUAUUCUAUUCUUAAAAUUUUUUUAAAAUAAAGAAAUUUUAAUAAUAUUAUAUUUUUAAUUUAUUUUUAAAUAAUAAAUAACAAUCAAUUAGGUUUAUCUUUUUUCAACUCGAAAUAAUAUAUCUCAUAAAUCUAUUUAUAUUAUUUUCUUUCAAUUAAAUUUAAUUUUUAAUAAAAAAAAAAAAAAAAUUGUGUAUAAAAAAAACU